UGUAGGGGCGGGACCCGCUGCAGAGUUUAUUAGCUUGCGGCUGCUCCUGCGAACACUAUCCGGAACCUGAGGUACCUGGAGACUUAACUGCUGGCCUGACAAGAGCCUUUGAGCAGGCAGUCAAGAUGAGUGAUAAACCAGACUUGUCAGAAAUUGAAAAAUUUGACAAAUCAAAGUUGAAGAAAACUAAUACUGAAGAAAAAAAUACUCUCCCAUCAAAAGAAACUAUCCAACAAGAGAAAGAAUAUAAUAAAAGAUCAUAAAAUGAGAAUCUCCUUUCAAGAGUAACUUCAACAUUGCCUGACAGUCUUGGCUUUUGGCUUGUUUCUGUAAACCUACGUAAUAUGUAGACAUCUAGACAGAUUCUUUGCUACCCUGGCUGAAAGGUCAACAUUUGUUACCAAUCAUUAAAUUUGUUUUCAGUUGCUCACAA